UCUCCUCUCUUCCAUGGCUCCUCUGGCCGUCUCUACCCGCUGGAUGGUGUUGCUUCCCUCGCCGCGCUCCUCUUCUCCGCUACCUUCUCCCUCCACUCCCUCAACCGCCUCCUCGUUACCAUCACAGCACGGCGGCCGUUCUCUCCUCUCCAUGAUCCGCGCCCCUGCGCCGCGCCGUCGAGUGCUGCCGAUGCGGUGCCCGCCCUCCACCACAACACGGGGUUAAGCCGGAGCGCCGCACGCAUGGCAGGCGGGUGGCCGAGCUCGAUCGCGACGCGCGUUCGUGCUGCGCCGAGCCGAAGCGCCACCGACACGACAGGCCGACGGCCUAGCUGGACCGCGGCGCAUGUCCGCGCGGGGUCGAGCUGGCGAGCUGGAGCACCGCCCUCGCGACAGACCGGAGUCCAAGCUGGGCCGCUGCGCGCGUCCGCGCGAGGCCGAGCUGGAGUACCGCCCUCGCGAGAGGCCGGCAGCCGAGGCGCAACAUGACGGGCAGCCCAGCCGGACUGUGUCGGAGCACCGCUCGCGCGCGACAGGCCGGGAGGAGGGAGAGCAGUGGAAGCGCGGGCAAAAACGAGCCGUGUCAGAGGAUAGCUUGCUCGAGAGAUACGCUGGACGAGCAUAGAUACCAAAUCAAGGUCUGUAGCUGUCGAAUCGAGUCCGCCGCCGUCGAAUUGGGCCGUGCUGCUGCCAAAUCGGGCCCUGACGCAGCUAAAUCGAACUAUGCCGUAGCCGAAUCGCGCUCCUUCACCGUCAAAUCAGUUGCUUCGCCGCCGGAUCGAGCUGCUGGACUGUCGUUUCAAGUGCUGGCAUGCAUGGUGCGCGAGCGGCGGCAAGCAACCAAAACCCCAUUGCCCUCCUAAGCGAACAGGUGAGGCGAGGUAAAGCAGCUGGCGAGGUGAGGCUAUGGGCAGCGAGGGAUCCAAAUGAAUCUGCAGUUUUUCAUUGGAGAGAGAGAGGAACAGGGAGAAAAGGGGACUAUGAGCCGAAUGAACAAGACGAGGGUAUUUUAGUCCAAAUUUUUUUAAACAUGAUGAAGAGAUAUUAGUGACAUAUUUUCAAGAAUCGUGAAAUUGUAACGACGCGUUUACAGUAUCACUAUCACGAAUAUUAAUGGUAGAUUUCUGAACUCGAAAAAUUAUAAUGACAUAAAUCUAAUUUUUUUUUUUGAGAAUCCAUGUUCUGCGCUUGGCUAGGAGUACCCCGGUCGUGCCCGCGUGUCAGAGGUGAAGUUCAUCUGCAAACGAAAUUUAGCCUGCGAUUGCGAACCAAUCCCUAGUCGCUUGAUCUUGGGUGAGAGUGGAGUAUCUGAGAGACCGAGGCUCUGACCUCUCAGUCAAAGCUGCCGCUCGUUUGAAGUGAAUCCUCCUGUCUGUGUGUGUUCCGAUAUCCUCUUUGUUCGUUGCUCGUUUGUUUUGUUGAAGAGGGCGAGGCUUGGAGCGCUCGAGUCCUUGUGGAGACUGGGAGGGGAUCUUCUCCGCUUCCAGAGGCCAAGAUCGAGCGUCUACCUCGUCCGCUCGCCUCGAUCCAGCAAUGCGUGCGGCCGCCGGAGGUGCCCCGCCGCGACGUGCGGGUGGUAUCCGUGUCCGCGCCCCACUGGUGAGCUCAGCUCCUCUCCCACCUUUCUUGGUAUUGAGUAGCACGUAUGAGAGAUGCAGAUUGCGCAGAGAUGGUGGUUCCUGUGCCAAAAACGCCUCCUUUGGCUUGAAGCUGAGAUCUUUCUUCUUGAAUCUGGCGUUUUAGCGCAUAAAACUUGGAGGAUUGCGGGUUUUGUGGAUCGUUCGAAGUCUCGAUCUGGGUGCUUAGGGCUUGGUUGUGGAGUCUAGAUCCAACUGUCCAUGGUCCAUGGAGUGUCUGGUGUACUCUUCUUGGGUUAGUUUGUUAGCUGUUUUUGCUCUGAGCAAUCUUACCUGUGGUGUGGAGAUGCCACUGUUGUAGGGGCAAUGACUAUCACCAAUUCACCAUAACAUGUAUUGCAUUUUUUAUUGGCCCCAUUCACCAUGAACCCAACUUAGACAGGUUGUAUCUACUAGCUAAAGAUAGUUGCAUUGACCCGGCUAUAAGCUAGACAGCUCAUGAGCCACAGGUGUUACAUCUUUAGCUAGGAGUCAUGUCUAUGACCUAGUUUUACCAUAUGGAAUAAAUUAAUGAUAAGAAAAAUGGAUUAUAUACAAUUCGAAUUUUAGAAUGUCUAAUCAUUGCAAUGCUAUUUUGUAAGCACUUUGUUUAGCAACAUGACCUUAGCUGGUAACACUAAUAUAACAAUGUCAGUACACAAUUAGCAUAGAUAAUAGCUGUUCGACAUCAAAAUAUAUAUUCUUAGGCAUUUGAUAUUUACUAACCUUAAUGUUGGUAAAAAUUGUUGGGUAAUCUGAUGCACUACAAAUUUUGGAAACUUAAUCUUUUAUGUCUAGUUUGACAAACUACAGACUAAAGCAUCAAAUAUUUGUGCAUUAAAUGAUAAUAGAUAUAGGCAAAAAAAUGACCUUCAGGAGUCUUGAGGACUCAAUAUUGAUUUAAUACCUUGAAAACCAAACAUAAGAAAUGAAGCACUGUGUGUUGGAUACAGGAUGAUAAGACAUUUAUCUCCUGUAUCUAUUUUUUGGUCUGUGUUAGCAAGAGAGGGGCCAAGGCGAGAGCUCCAUUUUUUUAGGCCAAGUUUUCAGGAUCCAUUUUGCUCAAUCUUGAGAUGGACUCAGCAUGUAGACCAGAGCCAUUCACCAGCAAAACUCAUGUCCUUCGAACACUAGUGAGAUUUGUUUGCAUCUCUUGCCUCAAGCAUUGCUCUCCUUUCCCCCCCUCAAUGCCAUAUUUUUAGGCUUGCUGUCAAGAUUAUUGUUUUAGAAGGCAUUGCCCUUGGCUCAGUGUUUUAAUCCUUCGAUGAAUCUAGUACCUUCCUUCUAACAGUUGAAUUUCUGUGCUUUGAGUUUGGACUUUGGUCCUCAGGGUUUGUUUCUGUAGUUUGGGUUCAAAGUUCAAGAAUUGUUUUGGAGGCUAUUAAAUCACCAAGUUCAAAAUUAUUCAUUUGAGAGACAUUUUAGUGUUGCUUUUGUCUUUCAUGGACAUGCUAUUGCUAUGAAGGUGGUACUUCCACAAAUUGCAGCUAAUUUCAUAUCAUUGUAUGAGCAUCACUUAUUUAGCACCAGUGGUGGAGGACCGUGAUGGCAAGGUAGAGUCUGUCUCCUGCUACUGCAGGGUAGAUGGAGGUCUUAAAACUGUUGUAAGUGCUAGGAAGUUUGUCCCUGGUGCAAAGCUGUGCAUGCAACCUGAUAUCAUACCAAACAAGCGCAAGUCAAGGAGCUCACGCAAGGAGAGAUCCCAAACUCAAUCACCACUGCUACCUGGUCUUCCUGAUGAACUGGCUAUUUCCUGUCUCAUGCGGGUUGCUCGGGUCGAGCACCCAAAUAUGCGGUUAGUAUGUAAACGAUGGAACCGACUUUUGUCUGGCAAUUAUUAUUAUUCCUUGCGCAAGAAAUUCGGCAUGGCAGAAGAAUGGGUUUAUGUCUUCAGAAGGGACCGUGAUCAGAAGCUGUCUUGGUAUGCCUUUGAUCCAGUAAACCAGCUCUGGAAGUCAUUGCCUCCACUUCCACCAGAGUAUUCAGAAGCUGUUGGCUUUGGUUGUGCUGUUCUCAAUGGAUGCUACCUGUACUUAUUUGGUGGCAAAGACCCAGUACAUGGGUCUAUGAGGCGUGUUGUAUUUUACAAUGCUCGGAUAAACAAAUGGCUGCGAGCUCCAGAUAUGCUGCAAAAACGACACUUCUUUGGUUCUUGUGUCAUAAACAACUGUCUUUAUGUCGCUGGCGGGGAAUGCGAAGGGAUACAGAGAACUCUGAGGUCCGCUGAGGUAUAUGAUCCUAACAGGAAUAGAUGGUCUUGUAUUGCUGAAAUGAGCACAGGAAUGGUGCCCUCCAUUGGAGUAGUACAUGAUGGCAAGUGGUUCCUAAAAGGUCUCAAUUCUCAUCGCCAGGUUGUAAGUGAGGUCUAUGUACCAGCAUCUAAAAUGUGGUCAACCAACGGUAACGAAAUGGUCACAGGGUGGCGGAAUCCAAGCAUUUCCUUUAGAGGCUGGCUUUACUCUGCUGAUUGCCGUGAUGGUUGUAAGCUUAAAGUCUAUAAUAUAGAGACUGGAUCGUGGACAAGAUUCAUUGACACCAGACACCACCUCGGAAGCUCACGAGCUCUCGAAGCUGCAGCCUUUGUCUCCCUUAAUGGAAAACUCUGCAUUAUCCGUAACAAUAUGAGUAUCACUCUUAUUGAUAUAUCAGACCCAACAACGGUCACUGAGGUUGACAGUGCGCACAUGUGGGAGGCUUUUGCACGGAAGGGGCAGCACAGGUCUUUCAUGGCAAACCUGUGGUCAACCAUCACAGGCCGUAAUCUGAAGACAGACAUUAUGCAUUGCCAAGUGCUCCAAGUUUGAGUUUGGCCAUAUGUGAAGUGAAAACAUACACAACCCUGAAAGGCUCAGUUAGAAGCUGAAUUGGAUACAUGAACUGAAGCAAAGAGACCUGCUUUUUCCUCAGUAAAAUUCACUGAUUCCGCCCUUUGGAAUAUUCUGAUUUUGGCACGGCUGCAUCCAAUUUGUCAGAUAGGGCUCCAAGGGAUUGAAAAUGGGGGCCGGAGGAAGAAUCUUCCAUGGUUCAUGAGAAUUAAGGGUUGUAUUGCAGCUUGGCCUCCAUAGGUCAGAAGUGCAGGAAGCACUGAGAAAGGAAUGUCUAAGCCUAGAGUAGGAACGAAGCCUGGCAGAGACUAUGACUAAAGGCCCCAUGGAUUGAUACAUAGAGCUGUCAGUUCAGUUUGGUAGAACGUAGAUCACUAAAAGCUUCCAUAGAAUCGAAGGUUGUUUAAGAAGUACUCCAUGAUUUUGGUGAGAGCUGCUACAGUUGAUGUAUGCAGCAAAAGAUACUGCCGUGCCGUCAUAUAUUGUUCAGUAAAGGAAGAAUAACGAUCCUUAUCACUGUACUGCAGGCAUGUGAACUAAUCUUAUGUUCAUGCCUUGAACUCUUUCCUGCCUGGUUGUUUGCUGAGAAGCUGUGGAGAUAUUUCUGAAAGAAAUUUCCAAUAGAUAUUCUCUCCUUUUGAGUUUAUGAAUAAUGCAAUCUUGUAAGAACUCCCGAAAGGUUGCCCUUUGAACUAUGAGGUAUGAGCAAAUCAACUCUAUGCCAUUGGAUAUCGUACAUCAGUGGUUUGAUAUACUUGCUUGAGUUUGCUUGAGAAUCGGUUCUCAUCCGGUUUUAUGAAUUUGCUUGAGAAUGAGUUCAGGUGUAUAAUAUUGAACUGGUGCUCCAGCAGUUUGAUCUAACAUGUAUAUCACUCUACCUUGUCCACUAGCUGAAAACAUUGACUGGAAAAUGAUUUGUCAAAUUUGCGGAACAUGACAAACAUGGGCCGGGAUGUUUA